CCAAACCCGGAAGUGUCCUGUUCAUCCGGCUCCAGCACAAACACAACAAAACACCGCCACAAACACCACCCACCGCCUCCACCGGAGUCUACCGGACACCAGCCCCGUGUGAGAGCCGCGUGAGAGCCGCGUGAGAGCCGGAGUCGGCCCCUGCCCAAAGCUCUGCCCAAAGCAACCGCCCGCUGCCCCGCCCACUGCCCCGCCCACAGCCGGAGGAGAUGGUGGACAACACGCUGGCUCAGGUGGGACACAACCUGAGCCAGGCCAUGAAGAUCCUGGACUCCAGGGAGGUGGAUGCUCUCGCAGACAGGAGGCGCAGUCGCAGCAGCAUCCCGGGACCCCUACAGGGAGAUGGUCAGGACGUGGCUUCCAUCCUGGAGCUGAUUCAUCACCUCAUCCAUGAAGAAGAGGAGGAGGAGGAGGAGGAGGAGGAGGAGGGGCCCCACGUACACAGGGGGCAGCAGGUGGGUGAACAGGCUCACAUGGCUCUGCUGGGGCACAGUCUGGCCGCAUACAUCUCCGUCCUGCCCCGGGACAGACUGAGGAGCAUCUCCACCCGUGUCCUGUCCGACAGCACGCUGUGGCUCUGUCGACUCUUCAGGUACGAUAACGCGUGUGCGUACUUCCACGAGGACGACCGCGACGGCCUGGUCAGAGUGUGCCGUCUGGUGCUCCACGCUCGCUAUGAGGAGUACCCCUCUGAGGGCUACGGGGCGCUCGUCUCCAAACAGCCUGUCAUCUACAUGAGCGCCUCCUGUAGACCAGGCCUGGGACAACACCUCUGCAGCCAGCUGGGCCUGCCCCUGUCCAGCCUCUGCACCGUCCCCUGUAACACCAUGUUUGGCUCCCAGCACCAGAUGGACGUGGCGCUGCUGGACAAACUGGUGCGAGAGGACGUGGACUCCAGGAAACUGCCUCUGCUGCUCAUCGCCAAUGCAGGGACCCCCGCCGCCGGCCACACAGACAAACUGUCCCGCCUCAAGGAGCUGUGUGAGCAACACAACAUGUGGCUCCAUGUGGAGGGGGUGAACCUGGCGACUCUGACCCUGGGGAACCUGAGCUCUCCGGUCAUGGCCGCCUCUCGCAGUGACAGUCUGACGCUGACCCCUGGACUGUGGCUGGGGCUGCCCGCCGUGUGUGCGGUGACUCUGUACAGACACGAGGACCCGGCGCUGUCCCUGUCCGCGGGCCUCAUGUCCAGCAGACCCCUGGAAAAGCUGAGGGCCCUCCCCCUGUGGCUGUCCCUGCAGUACCUGGGACACAGCGGCAUCGUCAACAGGAUCCAACAGACAACGGCUCUGAGUCAGCAGCUCCUGGAGAAGCUCAAACCUCUGUCAUCUGUCCAAACUUCAGAUGUGCUGGAGGCAGAGGUGUCUCUAGAGGAGGCGCUGAGGAUGGUGGAGGACGAGCUCACGUCUCCUGUGGUGCUCUUCAAGUUCAACCCAGACAGGAGCUCCGUGUCGUCAGUGUCCAGCGGCGGAUCUGUGGAGAGUCACUGUCCCGCAGAGAGGGAGGUGCUGGACACGUUCAACAGAUGGCUGGGACAGGAGCUCGCUCGUCUGGUCCCGUCCUGUGGGGUGGACGUGGUGGAGCUGGAGGACGAGGGGGCCUGUGUCCGCUUCAGCCCCCUCCUCACAGCGGCAGUUCUCGGGACGCAGCCGGAGGACGUGCAGCGGCUGGUGGACAGACUCACGGAGCUUCUUCCUCUGUUGAGGUCCACCGUGGUCCUCAGACACGACUUCAGAGAACAGGCCCUGAAGCACCGGCCCUCGCUCACGUACCUGGAGGAGAGGGGCUGGGCGGGGCUAGGGGUCGUCAGGUAUGAGCCUCAGAGCGAGGGGCUGGACGAGGAGCGCAGGAGCCAGCAGGGGGCGCACAUCAACUGUGAGCUGCUCAAGAGACUCCAGGAACUGGACCCAGACAUCAGCUUCAGCUCAGGUCCUGAGGACGUGGACACAGCCUGUGUGUAUGUGGGCCUGGUCUCUGAUGACGUGGACGUUGUGCAGCUGCUGGACACGAUCGCCGCCAUGGGGAGGGACAUCGAUGACAGUGGACGGCUCCUGGAGAACAUGAGUGAAGUGGUGAGGAGGGGCAUCCUGGAGGCGGAGCAGCAGCUGCAGAAGGCCAGUGAGGACAAGCUCCUGGAGGAGGGGGCGCUGCGACAGCUGCCCAUCGUGGGCUCUGUGCUCAACUGGUUGUCCCCAGUGCAGAGCUCCAUAAAGGGCCGCAGCUUCAACCUGGCAGCAGGCUCGCUGGACUCCAGUGAGACGACCUACUCCACCAGAGCACAGAGUGACCACACCCCCACCCAGGACACGCCCAACGCCUCUGCCAAGAGACUGCCCGGUCAAAAGAUGUUCAGGCGCUCUGUCGGAGGCACAGACUCCUUCAGUGAGACCAGCUCCACGGGACAACCUGAGGACCAGACCCCGGGCAGCUACACCCCUGUGAGGGCCCCAUCUGCUCCCCCUGACCACCAGGACCAGGACCAAGGCUCCUCUGUCCAGGACCAGGGCUCCUCUGUCCAGGACCAGGGCUCCUCUGUCCCGGACCAGGGCUCCUCUGUCCAGGACCAGGGCUCCUCUGUCCAGGACCAGGGCUCCUCUGUCCAGGGGGAGGCUGCUCUGACCUCUACUGACCAGCAGAUGGCGCAGAGAGCCAGAUAGGAGUGUGUAGAUGUGUCCUGAGGUGAACCAGCAGAACCAAAGUGUAGGAGAGCUCCAUCCUGCCUCGCCGUCUGUCAGAGUGGGCUUUACUCCAGCUGUGAGGGCGGAGCCGGGGACAGUGUGGUGGGACAGAUCCAGAUACAAAACAUAGACUUCCUGAUCCUCACCGUUAUCAGAAGGUCAAAUGUUUCUAUGCAGCGUGGCCAACUUUACCGCGGUAACGUUCACUCUGACAUCAGCGGGUUCGGGCUGGAACAGUGUUUGUUUCUGUAACUUUAGGUCCUCAAACCCAGUCAGUCUUAAGAUAUUCAGGAGUUUGGACUUUGGGAUUUUCUAUUGAGUUUGGUUUAGUUUAGUUUAAUUUUUUGCUAAAGGGAAACUGUCUCAUAAAGUCUAUCUACUGUAAACUUAAAGGAGCUGUACCGAAUUUUUAUUGGCUUGAAAACAGGAAACAGAAUGAGUUUAUUUUAACCAGUUUACAGUGGUCCAAAGUUAUUCUUCACUUGCCUUAUGCAUUCUGAGCUUUCUAAUUAUUCACCUCAAUGAGUUUAUAUGAGCUUUUCACCACUUUGCAGAGGCCAGAGUGGAAGUUUGAAGAGAGAAUACAGCAGACUUAUUCUGACCUCGUGUAUCUGGAGCAAAUGCAGCUCAAACGGUGAAAAUCAGGUACAGGGCCUUUUUUGCGUAAACCCUCUGCUUCUGUCCCAUCCACCACUGUCCCCGUCUCCUACGCCCCACACAGCAGCAGGUCAGUGGCGUUUUAAUAUAAAUGUUUGCACUUCUUUCUUUGUCAAAGCGAAUGCCCUCAUGACGUUUAGCACACGCGUGUUUCUAAACAUGUUUUUGACUCGUGGCCACGGCUCGACACUGGAGCUGAUCCCACUGUGCCUCCUCCUCUGAUUUUCAUCACUAACCAAUCAAAAAAGUGAUGUCAUUUUUUUUCUUCAUUCUCUGAGAUAUGAUGCUAACUGUAGGGACUGCUCUGUCUGAGGCUUUACUAUCGUUUGACUUUAUCUGAGCUUUAAUUUAAUGUAAUCUGACCAUAAAGAACUGACUUAGCUGGAACUAGCUCAUUUGUGCCAUUAACAAAUCCCUCUCAAUUAACAUUACAGUUACAAGCUAACUAGCAUUAGCAUUAGCAUUAGCCAACAGUUUUUCAGCGAGUCGCUCUCACCUUUUUGUGGAAAAUGAAAGACAUAACCAGGACCUUGUAUUGAUCACAGGCUCCUGUGCUGUUUAAAUCCAUUUACAGUAUUUUCUAAUGCGUGUAAUGUGUCGCCAUGGUAACUGCUGAACAUUCAGCCAUAGACAGACAUAUAGAAACUCCCCCAGUGUGGUGUCAUUCUCUGUUUUUAGAGUUCUCUCAUCCUGUGAGUAACUGACAGAUGAAGUACUUUCACAAAUAUAAACGUAAAUAUACUCACAUCUUUGAACAGUCAAAAAUCCUACAAAUGACCUGAAAUCCACACAUUUAAAUGGAGUCAUCAAUAAAUAAAUAUUAAUCUAUGAUUUAAAUGAAUCAGUCAAUAAAAAUCAACAUCCUGAUUUCUUCCUAACUGAAGGUUUUUCAUUGUUCCACCUUUGAGUUUUCAGAAUAGUUUUGAAUCAAAAUAAGACGUCGUGGUAAUAUUAACAAAACAGCUGUAUGUGUGUUAAAAAUGACUUUCUACUGUCACAAAAAGAGUUUAUUAUCAUUAUGGUGGUUUCAAGCUCCAGCCUUUGUGUUAUCAGGUGUGAAAUGUAAAACCUGAACACACUCAUUUUGUAUUUGGUUAUUAUCUUAAAAUCUAAAGUCGUGCACUUUUAAGCUCCGGGUCCUGAAUGCGUCGACUACACACUAUGCAAUAAUAAA